AUGGCCACCAAUCAACAAAGCCUUGUAAGACAAGAAUCCAAUGCAAGGAAGAACACAGAAAGGCCACAAUUCACCCCUAUACCUGUGACAUAUAAAGAGUUGUACCAAAACCUGUUCAACGCUCAUGUGGUAUCCCCUUUCUACCUGGAGCCACUGCAGCCCCCGUAUCCCAAAUGGUAUGACACAAAUGCCCAAUGUGAAUACCACGCGAGAAUUACCAGGCAUUCAAUCGAAAAUUGCACUGCAUUCAAGAAAGUGGUCGAAAGACUCAUUAAGGUGGGAAUCGUGAGAUUUGAUGACUCAGUCAUGCCCAAUGUAGCAGGAAACCCACUCCUCAAUCACACCGACCAAGGAGUGAACGGAAUAAGCGAAGGCAAAAAUAAGAAGAUUAAGUGUGAGGUUGCGAAAGUCAGGACUCUGUUGAGACAAGUGUGGAGGGAGAUGGUCAAGAGAGGUUUGAUCGCAUUGGAUUUGGGAAGAGAAUCCAAAGAAGAGAGGAACUACUACGAGUUCCACAAUGAGGUGGGGCAUGAAAUCCAAGAGUGUGUGGAGUUCAGGGCCCUAAUGCAGAAUAUGAUGAAAAAUAAGGAAAUGGAAUUCUAUGAAGAGACUAAAAACCCUGUAGAGGGAGACAUAUGUGCGUCGGAGGGAGAGUCGACGGCACAAAAUCAAACAGUUAGCUACCCCAUGGUUAUCAUAUUGAGACCCAAAAAUAAUGAAGCUAGACUUCAACUACCACCAAAGGAAAGCCUGAUCGACACUUUAAAAGAGGACCAAGAUAGGGGCUCCUAUACACGUAGCAGGAGACGUUAUGAUACAGCGAGUGAGAAGGCACAGCCCGUAAAAGGAAAAGCCCUAGUGGUCGAAAGGGUGAAGGAAAAAACGACCAAAUCUGAACUUCCUGUCAAUGAGCUAGUUAACGAAGAAAAGGCUAAGGAGUUUUUAAAAUUCCUAAAUCAUAGUGAAUACAGCAUGGUGGAACAGCUAUGUAAACAACCAGCUCGUAUCUCAGUGCUGGCCGUACUUCUAAGCUUGGAAGUUCAUCGCAGCGCGCUAAUGAAGGUCUUGAAUGAAACGUAUGUUACCAAUGAUAUCUCCAUUAACAAACUGGACCGAUUGGUUAGUAACAUAAGUGUCGACAACUAUAUCUUCUUCAAUGACGAUGAGAUACCACCCGGUGGCAUGGGGUCGAUUAAAGCAUUGCACAUUACCACGCGCUGUAAAGGGUAUACGCUACCAGGCAUACUGAUUAACAACGGAUCGGCUUUGAACGUCCUGCCAUUGACCACACUAAACAGAUUACCUGUAGACAGCUCUCACAUGAAGGAGUUCCAGAACAUAGUGAAGCCAUUUGAUGACACGGAGAGAAAGGUGAUGGGCAGAAUCGAAGUACCUCUUCAGAUUGGGCCAAACAUAUAUGAGGUGGAUUUCCUAGUAAUGGAUAUCAAGCCCUCAUAUAAUUGCUUAUUGGAGAGGCCUUGGAUACAUUCAGCUGGGGCAGUGCCUUCUUCGUUGCAUCAAAAGUUGAAGCUGGUAUCAGAGGGGAGGUUGAUAACGAUCAAUGCUGAAGAGGAUAUCAUUGCAACUGUGAGCAAUAAUGUGCCCUAUUUGGAGACAGAUGAUGAAGCAAUCGAAUGUUCAUUUCGAUCUUUAGAAUUUGUUAAUGCAACCUUCAUCACUGAGGGAAGCAAAAUUCUGGUGCCAAUAUUGUCCAAAACCACGAGGAUGAGCCUCCAGUUAACGAUUGAAAAAGGAGCCCUACCCGAAAGAAGACUUAGGAGACAUCUGCAAGGAAGGGUUGAAACGCCAAUGCCGAAAGACAAGAGAGACCACUUCGGUUUAGGAUUUAAGCCGGAUGUGAAACAAAGGAGAAGGGAGCUGGGAAAGAAGCAAGAAAGUAGAAGAGCUCGAUUAACGGGGGAGGAAAUCAAGUGGGAACCAAUGACAUUCCCCUAUAUAUCGAAAACAUUUGUGUCCGGGGGAAUCAUUCAUCCCGAGAGAGACACACCAAUGACAGGAGCUAUAGAAGAAAUGCUGGAAAGCUUGGAUAUCAACAUCAUAUGCGAAGAGGAGACCGGAAGAGAGAAUUUGUUGGGCAUUUGCCUCUGCACGCCUGGAAGUGUUCUGGACGACUGGACCGCGGAAGAGAUUCCUGUAGCUUUUAGAACGGAUUCAGAGUAA